AUGUCUGCCCCAACACGCAACAAUCAGACGGCAAGGGCGGUCCCGGGAUUCCACUGUCAACCGGUCACCAACGUCGCUAUCCUCUCCGAGACAAAUCUGUCCUUUGGGGCCAAGUGCGACUCUCCGGGCGACUGCUCCUCUUGCUCAAAGUCGGGGGUCGAGUGUUCACGUGAUACCAAGCGGCUUCUUCAUGGCCAACCAAAGCCGGGCUACGUGGAAUCUCUUCUCCAACUGUUCAACGUCAAACAAAGGGUCUCGGCAAGGCGAGAUUCAACGAAACGGGAAACUAACGUCGAUGCUCACCGCGAGCAGGAUACGAAAAUGCCAAAUCUAUCUCCCAAAUCCACGAGCGAGAGCAAUAACCGUAUUCUCACCUGGAUCCGCUCAGGUGCUUUGCUUCUACGAGCUCGAGUCAAGGUCACGCAACGACAAAAUUCCCAACCUAGACGUCGUCGCGAGGUCACGAUUGGAAAGAUUCUCCAACAUCCGAACGUCCUACCGGUACAUGGUAUCGUGGAAGAUCGAAUGUUCGGGCCAUUCGGGGCCAUUGUUACGCCAUGGUGUCUAAACGGCAAUGCUGCGCAAUAUCUUCACAAGCACGCCCCUUCACCACUGGAAAGAUACCGUCUAUGGCAAGGCGUGGUCGGUGGUCUUGUUUACUUGCACUCUCAUUCGCCGCAAAUCGUUCAUGGAGACAUGAAACCCCCCAAUGUUCUUAUCGCUGCCGAUGGAAGGCCAAAGAUCUGCGACCUUGACUGGUUCUGCAGUGACGAAAGUCGAAUGGAUGCGAGAUCAAUACCACGACUCCGCAUACGGGCACACCGCGAUACCUUUGCUCCUGAGCUAGUUGAUCUCAACGAUCCGUCGGAACCGACAACGGCUACGGACGCAUAUGCUGCGGGUUGUAUCGGAUUCGAA